AUGGCGUUAUUCAGCACCCCAAAGUGUCCGUCAUGUAUCCGGCAACUCGCCGGCGGUGCCUUCCAGCAAAUUCGAGGGAUUAAGAAGAUGGUGAAGGUCCCCACGGUCACGGUUAGGCUGCUAAAAGAUGUGCCAAAAUAUGGACCAGCUGGGACAUUGAUUCCUGUUGCAAAGGGAAGAAUGAGGAGCAUAUGGUAUCCUCAGAAAGUAGCAGACUAUGUCCACUACACAGAGCUAAAGAAGAUACCGCGCGGUGAAGCCCCCCAGCGAGACUUCUUCUUUCUCGCCGACACUGUUACAAGCGGUAAAAAGAAACAAAAGGCCACCGUUUCCCUCCUUUCGCCCACGCAAACCAUCGCUAUCCUCGAGGCUUUGCUCCCCCCCUCCCUCCAGUUCUCCAGCGCAACUAUUUCUCCAACAGACCACUCCCUCCACGGAUCGGUGUCUACAGUUGAUAUUGCCAACGCAAUUAAAAUGGUCUCUGCCGCAAACGGAGAGGAGGGAUCGAGGGUCGUUAUCACACCUGAUCAGAUUGAGUUGAUAGGUGUUGAGGGUGACAAGAUCAAAAUGAUUGGAGAAUACCAAAAAAGACUCGUCCUCGUCAAAUUUAGAAUUAUCAUAAUGGGUGCUCUCGAAGUUCUUAAGAGGAAGUCCGGUGUUAUCGUUGGUGAUGACGUCUUGAACCUUUUCAAAUAUGCCAAGGAGCACAAGUUCGCCAUUCCUGCCAUCAACGUCACUUCUUCCUCAACUGUGGUCGCUUCCCUCGAGGCAGCCCGCGAUGCAAAGUCCCCAGUUAUCAUCCAAAUGUCUCAGGGUGGUUCUGCCUACUUCGCUGGAAAGGGCGUCUCCAAUACUAACCAAUUCGCCUCUAUCUCCGGCGCCAUCGCCGCGGCCUACUACAUCCGCUCCAUUGCCCCAGCAUACGGCAUCCCAGUUAUUCUCCACACCGAUCACUGCGCCAAGAAGCUCCUUCCUUGGUUGGACGGAAUGCUCGAUGCUGACGAGAAGUACUUCGUUGAGCAUGGAGAGCCUCUUUUCUCAUCUCACAUGAUCGAUCUGUCUGAGGAGGAGAAGGAAGAGAACAUUGCUAUUACGAAGAAGUACGCAGAGCGUGCUGCUCCUAUGAAGCAGUGGCUUGAGAUGGAAAUUGGCAUCACUGGAGGUGAGGAGGAUGGCGUUGACAACACCGAUGUCGACAACAGCGCCCUAUACACCCAACCCGAGGACAUUUAUGAGGUCUAUAAGGCUCUAUCUUCUGUUUCCCCGUACUUUUCCAUCGCUGCCGCCUUCGGAAAUGUUCAUGGUGUGUACAAGCCCGGCAACGUCAAGCUCCACCCCGAGCUUCUCGGAAAGCACCAGGCCUACACCAAGCAGCAGAUCAGCAGUGCCGAGGAGAAGCCAUUAUUCCUUGUUUUCCACGGAGGCUCUGGUUCCUCCAAGGAGGAGUUCAGACAGGGAAUUGAGAACGGUGUUAUUAAGGUCAACUUGGACACCGACUUGCAGUACGCCUACCUGACUGGUAUCCGUGAUUACGUCCUCAACAAGAAGGAUUACCUGAUGCAGCAAGUCGGAAACCCUGAUGGUGAUGACAAGCCCAACAAGAAAUACUUCGACCCCCGCGUCUGGGUCCGUGAGGGAGAGAAGACCAUGACUGCCCGUGUCAAGGAGGCCUUGACUGACUUCAACACUGCCAACCAGUUGUAA